ACUUCCCCACCAACUCAUUUCCAAAUAAUGUGGGUGAGCACAUUACAAAGCAACGGUUGACUGUAAAAAGGAUAACAAGAAAGACAAAGAAAACGUUGAAGCUGUUGAAAAGAGAACUGGGAAACGCUUUUGCAAAACGAGGCGAGCAUAGCACCGACAUCUCUGACAAAACUUCAAGUUCUAGGGAGUCGAUGGACGUGGUGUGGUACAUGAUUUUUGGCAUGUGUGCCAUGAAUGCUGUUGCCUCUGCAUGUCCAGAGAAUUGCCAGUGUAGGCCGAACAAAAUCCUUUGUCAAGGCUUUUUAAUGAACAAAUUUCCAACCCCCAUCCCACCAACCACCAUUACCCUCUUAAUCACCAACACCAGCAUACAAUCAUUAAAACCAGCUGAUUUUGUGACUUUCGCUGAGAACCUUAAUUAUUUUUCAGCCAAGGAUUCAACAAUAGCUGAGGUGGAACCUCAUACAUUUGACCAAACCCACAAUCUCAUUGGCUUAGGUUUGAGUGGGACAAUGCUAACCUCUCUGCCAAAAGAUCUAUUUCAGAAUCUAAACACAUUAUCAACUUUAACGCUCAGUAACAACAAAAUUGAUCUUCUGCAACCAUCUCUUCUCAGCCCUCUUGUAAAUUUGAAGAAAAUAGACCUAAGCAAAAACCUUCUAACUUAUCUGCCAGACGAUGCUUUUCAGGGGAAAAAAAAGCUGGAACAGCUCAUGUUGCAAAAGAACUCAAUCAGAAAGCUUCCCAGCAGUACAUUUCGGGGACUCAAUAAUCUCAGAGAACUGUUGCUCCAGCAAAAUCAGUUAACAGAAAUACCAUCAGGCAUCUUUGAUGAUUUGGUAAACCUUGAGAUAUUGCAUCUUCAAGACAACAAAAUCACACAGCUACCUGAAAAUAUUUUUUCAAACGUGCAGAAGCUGAAGAAACUCUACCUCUCCAACAAUAAGUUAUCAUUGCUUCCCAGUGCAAUAUUUUUUAACCUACCUAACCUUACUCAUCUAUCACUGUUCGAGAACCAACUCAGUCGGUUAAUGCCUGGAACUUUUGGUCCAAUGGCCAUCCUGGAGCUCUGGCUAUACGACAACAUGAUAACUCACCUUGAGGAAAAUGUGUUCAGCAACUUAACUGAGAUUCGGCUUUUGGUGCUCAGUAGGAACCGGAUUCAGCACAUCUCUUCUGGCGCUUUCAAUGGCUUGAUGGAACUAGAGGAGAUCUCUCUUCACACUAAUCGAUUAAUCGGUAUUGAGGCGGGGAUAUUCAAAGGCCUUCCCAAGUUAGCUAACAUAUCUUUGGAGAAUAAUCAAAUACAGCACAUACCCAUAAAACUCUUGGAGAAUGUGUCUCACUUAAAUCUCCUGGAGCUUCAAAACAAUUCUCUACGAAACUUACCGAAGGAACUUCUAAACUCAUUGUCUGUAGUUGAUAAUAUUGUACUUUUUCAAAAUCCUUGGAGGUGUGACAAUGAUAUACUCCCUUUUCGGGAUUGGCUUGGACAGAAUUCAGAGAAAGUGAAAAACCUUACUUUUGUGACUUGUGAUACUCCUCUAUCCCUGAAUGGUAGAAAUGUUGGAGAGCUGAAAGAGUAUGACAUCAUGGUCAACCAUUCACUGCACACUUUCCCAACCCAACCUUUCACCUCUGCACCAGCUUCAGACCCCACAACAGUCUCCGAAGAAAUAGAGGACACAAGUGGAGGUAAUUCUAUGGGUCAAGGUCUAUCCAAAGACAAAAUCAUUAUCAUUGUAGCCAUCGUCUGCACUGCUGUCAUGGUCAGUCUCAUUGCCUGUGUGUUAUGGAGGAGGAACAAGCGAGGCAGUCAAGACUUGAACCAUCAAAGAAAAACCAACUCGGUUAUCUAACAUUAUUAUAUAAAAGCUUCCAGCUGAUUGUUGUGUUUCAAAUUACUAUUUCUUCAGUGGAUUUACGGAGGACAAAUGUUUUCUAUUAAUAGGCAUGUGUUGCCUAUUAAAAAAAUGUGUUGUUUUGUUUCUUUCUUGACAUACUAAAACAUUUUUUUAUUACAAUUAAAAAAACUACAACGUUUACUACUUUUAUAUAUAUAUAUAUAUAUAUAUAUAUAUAUAUGAUAACCCUCAUGAGUGAUGUCACACAUGAAGAACUGUACUGUAUUUCAAUUCUUGCCACUGUCCUGGUUAAACUUUCUGCAAUUCUGUUUUUUUUUUUUUUUUUUUUUUUUUCUCAUAGUAAAAAAAAUGAUAUUUCAGAGUUGUAAAUAAAACAAAGAUUGUUGGAGCACAUUUCUACAAUAAAAUACUAUUUCAGUCUUUA